AUGCCAGCCAUCAACUCCAACUCGCACGUCCUCGUCACUGGCGGUUCCGGCUUCAUCGCCAUCUGGUGUGUCUACCAGCUCCUCGAGCGCGGUCACAAGGUGCGCGCCACCGUUCGCUCCGACGACAAGGGCAAAUAUCUCCAAUCCGUCUUCUCCAAGUACGGCGACUCGCUCUCCUACGCCAUCGCUGAAGACCUCGAAGCUCCCGGUGCUUUCGAUUCUGCGGUCCAGGGUGUCGACGCUGUCCUUCACACCGCCUCGCCGUUCCAUUUCAACGUCGAGGGUGAUCCCAAGCGAACCCUCAUCAACCCAGCCGUCAACGGCACGCGCAACGUGCUCAAUUCGAUUCACCAGCACGGCAAGGACGUCAAGCGCGUGGUCGUCACCUCGUCCUUCGCUGCGAUCCUCGACUCCACCCGCCAGGGUCACAUUGUGUACACCGAGAAGGACUGGAACCUGUCUUCCGUGGAAAACGUCGAGAAGAAGGGCAAGGAUCAGGAGGCACCCGAUGCCUACCGCGCCAGCAAGACCAUGGCCGAGCGCGCGGCGUGGGAGUUUGUCGAACAGAACAAGCCCAGUUGGGAUCUUGUCACCGUCAACCCACCGCUCGUGUUCGGGCCCAUCAUUCACCAAGUUGCAGCCGCAGAGAAGCUGAACACUUCGGUCGGGUUCGUCUGGGGUCUCCUCCACGGCAGCAAGAAGGAGGAGGACCUCCUGGCGCCUGCUGGAAACUGCGUCGAUGUUCGUGACGUAGCAUACGCCCACGUCGAAGCUCUGGUCAGGGACGACGCCGGCAGCAACCGCUUUGCCACCUCCCUCGGUCCUUUCACCUACCAGGACGUCGUCGAUAUCAUCCACGAGGACAGCAGCGUCCCCGAAGAGUGGAAGAAGCAAGUCCCCGUCGGCAAGAAGGGCGCCGGAAAGGAGGUCAAGCAGAACGAGCUCGACGGAUCCAAGGCUACCAAGGUGCUCGAUCUGAAGUAUGUUCAGCUUAAGCAGGUCGUGCAGGACAUGGUGGCUAGUUUGGCUGAUUACGAGAAGCGCGGCUGGAAGGGCGUGCCCAGUGAGGACAUCCUCUCGCGCACCAAGUAG